AUGCAUUCCCUCUACGCCAAAAAAAAUAAUUUCUUAGCUGAAUUGAGAACUGCCACAGUGGGCGGGAAUAUAGAGAGAAGAACCGAUACCCGUUGGGGCGGAAAGGCAAACCCCCAACAGAUAAAGGGAAACGGAUGGCGUGGGGAUGCGGGCAGCAUAAGAACAAUCGAGGAGACCUACGGGAGAUACCUAUGCCCAGCAGUGGACGUCGAAAAAUAUCCUGAAGUCGAAGAUGUGGUAAUGGUUAAUGUCCGAUCAAUAGCAGAGAUGGGCGCGUACGUUCAUCUUUUAGAAUACAAUAACAUUGAAGGCAUGAUAUUACUUUCUGAGUUGUCAAGAAGACGUAUUAGGUCCAUCAACAAAUUGAUCAGAGUCGGCAAAACUGAACCUGUAGUAGUCAUCAGAGUGGAUAAAGAAAAAGGUUACAUUGAUUUAUCGAAACGUCGUGUCUCUGCUGAAGACGUUGAAAAAUGCACAGAGAGAUAUGCAAAGGCUAAAGCGGUUAACUCUAUCCUUCGUCAUGUUGCUGAACUCCUACACUAUGAGAGCUCAGAACAGCUAGAGGAACUCUACAAACAAACAGCUUGGCAUUUUGAGGAGAAAUAUAAAAAGAAGGCUUCAGCAUAUGAUUUCUUUAAACAGGCUGCAAUCGAUCCAUCAGUAUUAAAUGAAUGCGGUCUAGAUGAGCAGACAAAGGAAGUCCUAUUGGCUAAUAUCAAGAGGAAACUCACAUCACAGGCUGUGAAGAUCCGAGCAGAUAUUGAAUGUGCCUGUUACGGUUACGAGGGUAUUGACGCAGUCAGGGCAGCACUGAAAUCUGGCCUUGCACUAUCCACAACUGAAAUGCCUAUUAAAAUUAAUCUUAUUGCGCCACCUUUAUAUGUAAUGACUACAUCAACGCCAGAGAAAGCAGAUGGUCUAAAAACGUUACAAGAUGCUAUAGACAAAAUUAAAGAGACUAUUCUAGCUUCUGGUGGUGUCUUCAAUAUCCAAAUGGCGCCCAAAGUGGUUACCGCGACGGACGAAGCGGAGUUGGCGCGACAGAUGGAGCGAGCGGAGGCGGAGAACGCAGAAGUCGCGGGUGACUCCGCCGAGGAAGAUGAGGACCAAGGUAUGGGUGAUGCUGGAGUGGACGAGCCUCAACAGAACGGUGCAUCGGACGAUGAGGACGAUUAAUGAAUAUCUAUAAUACAUACCGAAUGUAACUACGUGUUAAUACAUACUUUAAUAUACACAUGUUUUAUAC